AUGCCCGCGCAGUCGACGCUGCCCAAGCGUCCUGCGUCAACGGUCGGCCAGAUCCUCGCCAUGCCGCCGCACUGGCUCGCCUCCUACGAGGAGUUCAUCACCAAGAACGCCAGCCAAGUCUCCCAGAUCGAGAGCGCCCUGCGCAGCCUGACAUAUAUCAUCCCUGGCCGCUUUCGCGAUGCCGAGAUCGCCUCCGAGUCCAUCCACUCCUUCGUCCAGCUGCUCAGCCUGUACCACGACGGCGUCCUCGCCAAGGCCGUCUCCAAGCUGCCCAUGCCCCCCGUGCGCACCGCGCACGCCCGCUACACGCGCUUCUGGGCCGACAAGAGCGCGCUCUACCGGCGCGUCGCCACCGCCCUGCAAAUGGUCGUCUACACGCAGCUGCUGUGCGAGAUGUCCGCGAAGCGCCGCGGCGGGGACCGCGCGCGGUGGCGCGUCGUGGUGCUCCUCGAGGCCGUCAAGGCCGCCUGCCGCCUGCUGCUGCUGCGCAUCACGCGCACGCGGCAGGUCGUCUCGCCGCCGCUGCCGGAGCGCGAGCCCAUUCCGGACGACGCCGACCAGGAGAGGAGUGACGAGGAGGCCCUGCUUCAGGGGGGCAGCGAGAGCGAGUUUGCGCUCGAGGACGGCGGCAGCGUCCACGGCGGCGGCAUGACCGCGCGGGAGGCGCAGGACCUGCUGCGGCCGCCCGCCCACGCGCGCGAGUGGACCAUGCCCCGGACCGGCAUGAGCAUGCCGUCCCUCCCCGAGUCUGGCGACAUCAGCGCGUACCUGCUGUCGCGCGUGCUCACCGCCGACGACAUCCGGCCGGCCACGCGGCUGCUGAGCCAGCUGCGCGGGGUCGCGCACGCGGCCGAGGUGCUGCACGUGCUGGCGCCGCUGGCGUACGCGGUCGCGCUGAUGCGCAGCAAGGACAAGCGCUCGUGGACGCCGUGGCUGGUCGGCCUGGCGGUCGAGUACGCGGCCCGGCAGCUGCGCGACACGGGCAACGCCGGGGGCCUGCAGCUGCGCGCGACGCCGCUGGAGCGCGAGGAGUGGAACAAGCGCGGCUGGGGGAUGCUGUGGUGGACGAUGCGCGGCGCGUUUUACGAUAAUGUCACGAGCGGCGUGGUCAGGGGCGUGUCGAGGCGCAUGCCGAGCUUCAUCGGCGGCAUCCUGGAGGACUACGAGUAUCUCUGGGAGAACUACUACUUUAGCACCAGCGCCUGA